CAUGCGCGCGUGUCCCUGCAUGGCUGCUUUGUUCCCGGCCGCGUGGCGCCGGCUGCCCGCACUUUGCUUCUUGCGAGAUCUGGGGUGGGGAUGGCGGGAGCCCGGGCUCCGGUGCCGCGAUCCCGGGCUGGGGCCUGCUGGCAGCGGUGGAUCCGCCGGUUUCGCCCCCUCCGCUUUGGAUUUUCUUCUUCGGCCAAGUUUGCCGCGACCGCGGAAGAAGUUUGCAGUGUUGCUGCUUUUAGGGGAAACAGAAAAAGUUAUACUCUUAGGAGCACCUCUGAGCACCUGCAUAUGUAUCUGGGGGCUUCCGAUAAGAAGACUGAAUCCAGUGAAAGCUGGUGGGAUGAGGAUUGUGCAGAAACACCCUCACACUUCCGAUUCCAAAGAGGACAAAGAUAAGGAUGACCAGGAUUGGGAAACCACCAGCCCACCUAAACCAACGGUGUUCAUCUCUGGUGUCAUUGCAAGGGGUGAUAAAGACUUCCCUCCAGCUGCAGCCCAGGUGGCUCAUCAAAAACCACAUCCCUCUGUGGAAAAGCUGCCUAACCCACAACAUGUCAAUCAGCACAUCCACCAACCUCGCAAGUGAAUGCUCUAGAAAAACCCAGCCAAGCUGCCAUAGCCGGAUAUGUUCUGGAGAGAAGAGCUCAUGGUUUCUUUAGGAUUCAUGCUACCCAAUGCAUAAAACUGGCCUUUAAAAUAAUAUAUGUUUCUUUUGCCUUAAUUCUCCGUGGAUUAAUAAAAAAUGAAGACAUCAUUUUGUUCUGCUGUCCCAGGUGAAAAAUGUGCCUCUUUGCUACUAUGUAUACACUGAUCAGGAGUGUUUCACAGUUUUGAUUAGAGAUGUAAUCAACUGGUUAUUGCCAAAACCAAACUUGAAUAUAAAUAAUAUAACAAAUGAAUUAAAAACUCCUUAACUUUAGUUCUGGGAUAGCAGCAGCCAAUAGCUGAAGUAGUUUUAUGUUAAACGUAUAAGGGAAUAUACUGUAUAUGAUUUUGUAUUUGGUGGUGGGUGGGGAGAUUGUUCUGUUUGUGAGUUAGUAUAUGGCAGUCUGAUUUUAUAGAACCAUUGCAGUCUCCAGUACAUUUGUAAUUUAGAAUAAAGCAAUCAUGUCACUAAA